AAUAUAUUUUAUGAUCUUACAGGAAAAUAGUAUUAUUGCCUCAAUUAUAAUGUAAUCUUAAAUUAUACUUUGCAUCAGUGGUUGCAGAAUGGCAGCCUUCGAAGACAGGACUGGUCCUGAGCUUGACCAAUUCGUUGGUAACAAAUGGACAGAUUGGUUGGCGGCUGUUCAAUCAUCUGAUCAGAAGCCUCAACCAACUGUUGAAAGCACUUCUAAACGUGAUAUUGAAGUAGCACGAUUGAGCCGACCAGAUAUGGGAUUGUUUGGAUAUCGUCCCGGAACUGACAGAUUUUAUUUAAUUGUUUGUGAACACUGUGGACAACUUGUCAAACCGCAGUCUAUGAAUACACAUUAUGAGAGAAAACACAAAAACAAAGUAAUCAGUAAGAAAUCUUUAAGUAAUCGUGUCAAGCCUAUGCAAGGGCAGAGUAGGUAUGGUAUUGACAAGUCAAAUCAUAGACUUAUAUCUCCUCCACAUAAUAUGUCGAAGCAAUCCAAUCGCAGUAGUACGAAUCAAAAGAACUUGUUGCGUCAUUCGAGUGCUUCUGAUAUGUUGGCUGAUAUUUCAAAAUUGGAAGCGCUUCCAGAAAAAGUUUCAACAUCAAGUGAGAAACAGAAACGAUCUGUUGAACCUGCAAAUAAAAACCAUCGUUCUGAAAGCAUUUCAUCAAAAUCAGUUACUUCUCAGCAAAGUUCCAAAGUGCGUGUCGCAACAUUUCAUGAAAAAUCAUCUGUGACUCAGUUACCAAGGCAACAUCAUGUUUCUGGUAGUGUGAAAGCAGGAAAUAAAAUUGGCGGUACGAUACAACUCAGCGAACUUCCCGAACCUCAAGUUGUCAAUAAAACUGGUGGUCCGCAUCAUGUAUCCGAAGGAAAACAUAGGCAUCGUAGGACUAGCGGUAGUGCAAAACUAUCCGAUAAUGAAAUUAUCUAUGGUGGUAGUGUGGACCGAAAAAGGACUGAAAAAUCAGUUUCAGACUCCCAUAGCAAAUCAAAACGAAGUUACGAUGUCCAUCCACAUCAUCAUCAUCACCAUACUAAUCAGAAUAGACAAGAUAAUAUUUCUGAUAACGUUGUUUUAUCACCAGAUAGUGUUAGGUUAAAGUCACCCAUUAAUGAACAAAAAUUGCCAAGAGUGGUGCUUGAGAAAACGUCGGUACCAAUGUUAACCGGGUCUGUGGGUUCUGUCCGGGUAGGAACUUCGCAUAAACGGACUCGACCACCUAGUGGUAAUUCUGAAUCUUCUUCCACCUCACCACCGAGAGCGAAAGUGCAGGCUUUGCAUACUCCUGUGAGAGAGAAAGAUUCACCUACAAUCCAGAAAAUAACUCAGGGUAUUGCAAAACCAACGACACUUCCUUCAAAAACAAAGAAAAAAGAGAAGGCCAGAAUUUUACCUCUGAAAGCUCGUGAAUAUGAUCCGAAUGUACAUUGUGGUGUAUGGGUGAAAGAAGAAAAUUCUCAUUGCACAAGAUCUCUCACAUGCAAAGUUCAUCCACGAAGUGCCAAACGAGCCGUUACAGGUCGAAGCAAGCAAUUUGAUGAGCUAAAUCAGGAACAUAGGAGAGAAAAACAAAGGUCAAAAGAGAAAACAUUAUUGUCAUCUCAACCUGCCAACGUAAACCCACCCAUGCCUAUAUCUUCUACUGCAACAGUUGAAUUCACCAUACCUUCACCCAAUACCAAGCCAAUAAUUGUGUCUUCUCCUUCUUCGACUACGAGUGUAACCAUGACAACACCAAUAUCGCAACCUGCUGUGUCAGCUACUUCAACAUCGAAGACCAAAACUUCUAUAAGCUUGUUUCCUAAGAUAUACUCACCAUGGCACAUAUAUUGUUGGGAUAAUGAUGAAGCAAUUGAAGAACCAUCAAUUUCUACCAGUUCAUGUUCAUAUUUAUCACAACAUCCUCUACCAAUAACGAUGCCCUGUCAUCCAGCAAGGAGGCUAGGAACUUGUCAAGUGUCUUAUAGCAGAAAGUUGGAACGACAACUUGAAUCUUUUUCAUCAAACGUGCAAAAGUUCGUAGGCAAGACGCAAAAGCCACCGAAGCCAUUUUCAUUUACACCUAUCGGCGGGGCAACUUCUACUGUCGGCAAUGAAAAUUUUCAACCAACAAACUUUUUAAAACCUAAUUUUUUAACCACCUCAACAACAAGUUUGAGCAAUUUGCACCAAACCAACAGUUUAUUCAGUCAAUCGAGUAAUCAAAACAAUAUGACUUUAUUAAAUCCUGUUGAGUUAUCAGGGAUUCAAAACUUAGAAUUGUUUCAAACGACUCCAACUCCUGUACAAAAACCGAGGACUAAAAUAAAUCGAAAGCUUUCUAAUCUUGCUCCACCUAGUGUAGACCACUCUGAAGCCAAUUUGAGGAAUAAUAAUAAAUCUGAGCAAACAUCAAAUUUGAUAAGAAGAAGGAUGAGUAGUAAUAGCGAUUCUGGUCGAACUGUUAUUAAUGCGGAAGUUGUGUCUUCUUCUCCUCACUUUGUUCUCAGCGAUCAUUCGAACAAUUCAAUGCCAAUUGAGUCACCAAAUGUUAUGCAAAUGAUUUCCAAUCCAUCUUCUGUCGGAACCUGUAACACUGUCUCUAUCAGCCGAAAUGAAAAGCAUAAUCAUAACUUGUCUCGUCCACUGAAAGCAAAAUCCAAAAGUGCAAUAACAAAAUAUGGUACGGUUGCACAGAAUCAUUUGGAACCGUUGCUUGCAGAGCACAUCGAUAGCAGUCCAGUUACGGUACAGUUGCCAAACGGUAUCAAUUCAAUUGCUAGUAAUGUAUUAUUGAAGACCGGUUCUCACAGUGUAACACUGUCUGGUAAUAUAGGAGCUCUCACUGUUACAGGGGAAGAUCAGAAUUUUACAGGCAAUCAGAUCUCACAACAUUUGAAGAAUAUGAAUAGUAAUAACAACUUUGUGAUGUCUAAUGACGCAUCUACAUUGAAUAUUACCACAGCGAAGUCAAAACAUUUUGCACCCUCACAACAACAACAACAGCAUCAUGAGCAAAGCGCAGGUUCAUUGUCGAAUCGUUUAUCAAGCGGUCAAACGGAAAAUUUCAUUUUACAAAAUGAUGACAUUUUUACACUCAAUCAGCCUAAUGUUGAAAACAAUUUAAACACUGUAUCUCUUGAUCAGUUCCCGAUUCAGAAUUCAUUUACAGCUCCAGCUAAUACAGAACAAUUACAACAAGUUACUAAUGAUAAUGAAACAAGUGCUGAAAUUUUAAGGCUGCUCUGUGCUCCGUCAGAUGACAUCAUACAAACAAAAUUUGACAAUCACAGCCUGCAAUUGACAAACGUGUCACAAAUUCAUCCAUCUAUUCUAGAGCAAAUGUUCGCGAAUCAAAAUGCGACAAAACACAAUCGACGAUCCCUUGAUACGACACAAGGAUGUAGCAGUUCAACAUCUAAUAAUAGGACUACAAAUGAUUUAGGACAGAAUUUUAUAACACAGUGAAAUACGCAGCAAGAGUAUAGCAAAUAUGAAUUCAUUUUUACCCUGCUUCAAGUUCCUUAUGAAAUCUAACUUCAGCUUGCCCCAUCAUAAGCACAGUUGUUUCAGUAAUGAGAGAAGUUGUCUCAAAGAUAGGUGUAGAUUAUAUAAAAUGACCCGCAACCUGUACAGUGGAUUUCUGUCUCUCUUACCAUAAAAAUAACUGUGCAAUCUGCAUUGGGUGGCUCUAUGCAAUUGGUGGCAAAUAUUGCGCAAUUGACACGGGAGCGUUCUGCAAAUAUUCAUAUUCAAUCAUGGCUUGCUCAGGAGUGAAAUAAGAAUUGAUCAUGUAUUUUGUUGAGCCCACUAAACUAAAAUGAUAAUUUUAACAUCGGUUUCGGUGGAAAUUGAUCUAACCUAGCCACAAAGUUAUAAAUAUAGCCUACAUUAUGAUUCGAUAUUCUGGGUUUGAUUCGAGUAUCGAAGAAUUGAGUUUAUUUCGAAUUGCACAUCCCCGAUUCUAACUUGAAUGUAUCUUUCGCUCUCAGAAAUAGAGUAUGCUUGCUUGCCACCACUUGGGCUCAUAUUACUGAUAAUGUUAAUGUGAAAUUUAGCCUGAAACGAAUUCUGAAAGUUCAUGUAAUGAGUUUCCUAUUAUUUCUGUUGGUUUUGUUAUAUUGUUUUGUCGAGCUUUCUCGAAUUUAGCAUUGUCCCGUUCAUGACCAGAUAAUUUUACGAUAAAUUUUACCGCUUGUGUUGUAGAAUAGUUUGUAGCCUGCUAAUAUAAUAUGCAAUAGAUAUGUUUUGUGAAUUGCAUCGUCCAGUAGAUUAUGUAACAAAGUUUGCACAGCUUCAUUUUCUAGUUGAAAAUUUAAAUCUCAUCAACUUUUUAAGUUUACGCAUUUGAUGGCUGUGGAGAUCUAUUUAAUGUAGGCGCAUGUUUUUUUUUGUAACGAUCUAGCUAUUAUUGCUGUCUCAUUUAUUUCUAUUGUUGUACCUGAAUCUUAUUUGUGCGCUAUUCUUAUUUUGCCAGCGAAAUUUGCCUUUUCAUCUUAAUUCUCUUAUUUUCUCACCAAUUUUUAUUCUAUUUUCUUACUGUGUGUGGAUGUUACUGUGUCUGCAAUUGUUGCUAUUGAAUGUUGUUGUCAAGUUGAACUUUGCUAAAUCAAAGGAUUCAAAAUUAUUUAUCAUUAAUUGCUUUAUGAAUGCUGACAAUUAACAAUCUUGAAUUGUUUUUCAUAUAAUGGAGCACAUUUACAAUUUCAACUUGUAUGAAGUUGAUAGACUCAUGAUCCUAUGUUUACUUUAUAUGAUGAAACAUUACAAUUACACCAUCCCAGGGGGUAAAUUUUCAUCAAAUUUAGGACUUUAAAUCUCAGCACUAAGAUAUCCUGUAAAUUGUGCAGUAGGUCUUCAUAUUUUGAAAGCUCUAACGUUAGAAAUAAUAAUUCAAGUUCUUUGAGUCUCUAUGACUCUUCUGAUCUAUUGAAGAUAGUCAUAUAAAAAGCCGAUCUAGAAAUAAUAAGAUUUACAUCUUCUAAUUCUGAACAUACACUUCAAAAUAAUAUACCAGGAAAUGUGAUAACAUUUUUUUAGUUCAGCUCAAUAUGAAUAGUUUUUUUGACAACUUCAAUUGUUUUCAUUAUUCUGAAACCAGUAAUGGCUUUCAAGUAAUGUUCUAAUUCUCAUUAAUUGUGCAGAUAGUUUAAUUUUCCAGUAUAAAUUAAUUAAAGUUAAUUUUGAGUGACAUCAGUUUUUAGCUACUCUUUAGUUCAAAUUAUUCUGGUUAUAGUUGUACCUUACAGGUAAAAAAUAUAAAUCCAAUUUAUUGCUUUUUUAACAUCCAUUCUCCAUCUGAAAAUUUUAAUUUAUGUUUUCCAAUACAAAAAAUACUGUUUAAGCAGGGUUUAUAGAUGCAAAUAGGAAUAUAAUGGCUGUUUUCUCGAUCCUCAAAAGAUAAGUAUCAGUAAAUUUAAAUCUUAUUUGAACUUGUUGACCUUGUUUCAGAUCCUUAUUAUUGUGGUUGAAUGUCUUUGCUGUUGUUUGAACUUUUAUAUUCUGUAAGAUGGUUUGAAUAUUUAUCUCUGUCAUCCAAUGAAUUGACGUCAGAAAAUUGUUUCAGUUGUCUUUGUUUAUUUCAUUGAUACUUCGUUACUUGAAUGAAAUACCCAUUUGAAAUGUAGAAGAAUGUCUUUAUGCAGUAUUAUCAAAGUUAUCAAUUAAAUUGUAGUUGUUUAAAUGAUAAUGUAGUGACUUGCAAUUUUGUUCCAAUCUUGAUUUAUAACGGGAUGAUGAUUGUAUGAUUGGUGGUUUUGGUGCAGUGAAAUACUAAAUAGUUGAAUUCUGAUCUGCUGGACUGAUAAUAAUUGGAUAAAUUUGAUGAUUUAUGUCAAAAAAUUGAUUGAAAUUUUAGAUAAAUUUUGAAAGAGAUUGAGGAGUUUUCGUAAUUUGAUAAUGUUCUAUAUGUUUGUCUUUUCCCCCUUAAUUGUACAGGGUGUUGCGAAAGUCUUGUUACAAUGUCAAAAUUUUGAGAACUGACUUCAUGACAAAUUUAAAAUUGAAACGGGGCAUUGUGUUAAUAUGAAGUAUAAGGAUUGCUGCAGCAUAUUACUAGAAAUGUUUUCAAUCUUUGUGAUUUCUAAAGGAAAGUCAAAGCUCAUUCUUGCUGUAUUUGCUAAAGUCAUUGUGUUUAGCAGAUGCAUAUUCUAUUUUGAGUUUACAUUCACUGUUUAACAUUUCCUGAUUUGAAUAUGUUGAAGUCAUAAUAAGGUACUUACUUAUUGCCAUAUUAAAAAUUGCCUUGUAUACCAUACCACCAAAGAAAUGUCUCUUUUGAUUGUAUGUGCUUUUUAUGUUGGAUAUAAUACCAGGUCACCAUUACGUUCAUUAAAAGGUAAUCUUCAUGUAUGUUGCAUAUUGUUCUGCUGGACUAUUCAAAGUGUGAUAUCCUGCAGGCGUUAGCAUUUUUGAUUAUAUACAUGUGUGCAUUAGGCUUGCUUUAUUUAUGGAAAAUCGUUGUAUGUUUGUUUUGCUUAUUCAUACAUUUAACAAUUCUUUGUCGAUACAUGCCUGCUUUGCUUAGCCGUUGUUGAAUUGAGCAUGAAAAGUACUGCUUGCUUGGAUACUUAUUUUUUCAAUUAAUAAUAUGAAUUAUGUUCCCAUAUUUUUAGAUACUUUUACAUCACUUAUAUUAAUAUGCUUAAAACUCUUUUUAGCUACGAUGCCGUGCAUAUUAUCGUCGAUGAUAUUUUUUUUGUCUUUAUUUUUUUUGUUCUCUUUUUUUUUCUAAUUUAAGAACCACACCGUUUUGUACUUGUAUUUUCACAUAUCGCCCGGUAUAGCAAAGUAUUUUUAUUGUGAAUUUGCGGUGUAAAUAAAUUAAUUUA